AUGGAGCUGGGAGUUGACAGGGCCUUCCCAGUCUCUCCGAUGAUGUCCAAGGGCUGCAGUGGGCGACGGAAGACCCAGAUUCCAGAGUUUAUCCAGAGUGGGACAGGCACAACAACAACCCAACAUUCCAAAGACAAAGACGAGGAGAGGAGGACAUGGGACACGGGUGGUUCCAGGAAGAAUUUUACCAUGGCACCCACCUCCAGGUAUAUGAGUGAUAGGAGACAGUACUCUAUGAGGAAACCUCUGGUCACCACCACAGAGCAGCAGACCUCCAUCCUAAAGAAUUCAUACCUACAGGAGCACCCAAAAAACGAGCGACUGUGGGAAGGUAGCAGUAAUGAAGCAGACCAUCAUAGAGCGUUUGACUUCCAGACUAGACGGGCUGAACAGGAGUCCCCAGACAACCUCAACCCCUCUCAGGCUGACAUCUCACCCUGCUCAGCCUCCAAAGAGGACCUCAACACCUCCCUGGGGGUGUCUGAUCUCAGGAUAUGGCUGUCACACGAAGAACCCACCUUCAACUCAUUACACCUGGGCAGCAGGCCCGGCCGACGUAGCCUCUCCAGCCCACCCCUGGAGGUCCAUAGCUUCUCUACUCCACAAAGACCCAAGUGGACCUCCACUCUGCUAUCCUCCCUCUCGCCUUCCUACAUCCCCCCUUUGCGCCCCUCCAGACAGAGAUGGACAGAGCUGAGAGUGGUUGCAGGGGAAGUUUAUCAAUCACGUGAAGGAGGAGGGGAAACCUAUCUAAACGUAGGCCCUUCAGUGGGCUACUCCAAGGGCCGCUCCAACCCUGUGCUCCACACCAUGUCCCCCCACCAGGCCAACUACUGGCCCUGCGCCAUUACCAGCUCCCUACCCCCCUCCCCAGACCGACACUCUUCGAGCUGGGACCCUGAUAAGGAGUACCAGGCCCUCCUGGACUACACCUACCCCCUGAGGCCAGGUAGGGUGGUGGGUGGGUGGGAUACCUCAGAGCUCGGGGGUGGGUCUCUCAUCCAGACAGACCCAGGCCUCCAGGAUUCAGGGAUAAAACUGGACCGCCUCUGCAGCUCCACCAGCCUAUCAGCUUUGGACUUUUCCCUAAGUGUCACGGCAGGGGUGGGCACUAGUAGGGCCGGGGAGAGUGGGAUGCUGGGUAUAGGUCAGAGGUCAUCUGAGCUGCGUGGGUUCUCACACUCCAAGUCCUCUGAUGGUCGCCUCUCCAGUAGCCACUUCUCCUUUGCGGACCCUAUUGGUCUAUCCGUGGAGAGUCUGGACUGUAGUGGAGGUGGUAGUGGUCACUACCGCCAACAUGGCAGCUCCUCCUCCUCUUCCACCACGUUCAUCCGCACAACCAGUAUCCUUCCCCGGCCAGGGUACCUCGGAGUGUGGGAUUGGGACGAGGAGUUCUGGCCUCUCCCGGAGCAGUUGGAGGAGCUCCAGGGUUUGUCCCGGCAGGUCAGGGAGGUGACGGCCCAACUCAGCCAGCCUGUCACAGACUACUGGGACUCCCUGGAGAGGGGGAACACCUCCGUCCAGUCCUCUAUGACCCUGGCAGAGAAACAGGAGGCAGAGGAGGAGAGAAAAGAACAGGAGCAGAAUGAGGAGGAAGAAAGGGAGGACGAGAAGGAGAAAGAGGAAGUGUCCAUUUCUGAAGCACUUCAAUACAUCAAUAAAGCGGUCCAUAGUGGGGAGUCCUCCCAGGCAGCCAGAGGCUCUGGUCCUAGGAUGAAGGCUGGGGUAGUAGGUAGGGGAGUGAGAAGGGCCAGUCUGAGGGAGAAGGUGGGCAUGGUGGACCAGCUGAGUGGACUAACCCUGCCUGAGUUCCAGACGUGGAGCCAGGGGGAGCAGGAGCACAGGGGGUCCCUCAUGCAGCACAUCCAGACCUUCUGUUUUAACCUGGAGGAGCUCAUCCAAUGGCUGUACACGGUGGUGGAGAGGAUGGAGGUGCUGGCUCCGCCCACUGUGGACAUCAAGAGUGUCAAGUCAUCUCUGGCGGAUUAUAAGAGGUUUCAGAGAGAAGUAAACGCCCACCAGCCCCUGACCACCUCUGUUCUGCAAACUGGAGAGCUUCUCCUGGGUUGUUUGACCUCCAUUUCUCCCGGUGACCCUUCCAUCACUGACAAGUUGCUCUUUGCCUACAGCUACUUCAUUUUUCUGAAAGAGACCCUCUGUCUUAUUGAGAGGCAGUCCAGGGUGCUGGAGACCCACUCAGAGCACCUCUUCUCUUCUUUUCUCUCAGCCAUGGACAGCCUGACCCAGCCCGGGGAGCCCAGUGGGGGAGAGGAGACCCAGGCAGGGGACUCCGACAGGGUGGAGGUCCAGGGGACAGCUCAGUGA